AAAUUCCCUCUCAUUUUCACUUGGUUGCUUUAUUUCUAGCUUUUGGCUGGAAUGGAAAGUUGGUGUCAACAAGUAAAGGCUUAGGAGAGUAGCAUUUUGCUUGAAAAGCUAUUACAUUCGCAAAGCAAAUACAACAAUGAAAUUGGCAAAUAUUUCUAAGAUUGAGAAAAGAACAAAGGAAAAGACAAAGUGCAAGGCUUUGAUUGAGUUAUGGCUUUGAAGGGGGUAUUGACUACAGAGGGACCUUUUCUCAUCCACAAAACUCCUUCUCUCUCUCACACAAAAACUUGGUUUUGGCUAGGUUUAUUUGCACUUGUAUCAGUGUAUGGCCUUUAUUGAAUUCUCUUGGUGUUAUUCACACAUGAAGAAGAUUGGUGACUACAAGGGUUUGAAAUAAAGGUGAAGCAAGGAAGGAGGCCAGUACUACCGAAGGUAAAAUACAGCCUAAGCUCAGAGAGAAGCCUUUAAUGUGUUUCUUUAAGAGGUAUCGUCUCCUGUCUCUUUUGUUAGCCUUUCUAAAUUAGUAUUUGCAUUCAGAUCUUGAGGACACACUGUCACUGUGUCAAAUAUGAAAAGAAGUUAUUGAUCUGUGGCUCAUCAAUGAAUCUUUAGACUUUCUGUCCUCAUCCACAAAACAAAAACCAGUGAAAUUUAGUGCCAAAGAGAGAGAGAGAGAGAGAGAGAGAGAGAGAAGAUGAUGAAUAGUAUGAGAGUAGAUGACAAUUUGUCAAAUUUGAUUUCUGCAUCCAAUAAAGCAAGCAUAUCUUCAAGUCACAGAAAUGAAGUUGGUAGUAGUACUGUGUACCCAGAUCAACAGUCUUUUGCAUCACCCAAUCAACCACCACCACCCAAGAAGAGGAGAAAUCUCCCAGGAAAUCCAGACCCAGAUGCAGCAGUGGUAGCUUUGUCCCCAAGUACUCUAAUGGCAACAAAUAGAUUUUUGUGUGAGAUCUGCAACAAAGGGUUUCAGAGAGAUCAAAACCUUCAACUACACAGAAGAGGGCACAAUUUGCCAUGGAAGCUGAAGCAAAGAACAAACAAAGAGGUGAAGAAAGUGUAUGUGUGUCCAGAGGCUACAUGUGUGCACCAUGAACCUUCAAGGGCACUUGGAGACCUCACUGGGAUCAAGAAGCACUUUUCAAGAAAGCAUGGUGAGAAGAAGUGGAAGUGUGAAAAGUGCUCAAAGCAUUAUGCUGUUCAGUCAGAUUGGAAAGCUCACUCCAAAAUUUGUGGUACUCGAGAGUAUAGGUGUGAUUGUGGAACCCUUUUCUCAAGGAAGGACACUUUCGUUACUCACAGAGCAUUCUGUGAUGCCUUAUCACAAGAGACUUCAAGGGGUGGAAUCACAUCAUCAAUCCCCUUUCUCUCCUCCCAAACACCCCUAUCCACUUCAACUACUUCCCAUUUAAACCCUUUUCCACUUAAAACAGAACAAGACCACCACCACCACCAAAGCUUCCACCUAAGGCCAUCACACCUUCCACCAUGGUUAAACCACUCAUUCAUAUACCAUGAAAACCCUAACCCUAACCCUAGUCAAACCCUAAUUCCUACACUUCCCUCCUUUCAACCCACAGCUUCCCCUCACAUGUCUGCCACAGCAUUGCUGCAAAAAGCAGCCCAAAUGAGUGUGACAAUGAGCCAACCUUGUUUGUCCUCUGGUGGUUGCAUGGAACAAGUGGGUAAUGUUAAUAUGAUGAAUUCUUUAUUGCCUUGUGGAAGUGUGUUUGAAGGAUCAUCAUCAUCAUCAUCCUUUGAAAAGGCUUUGAAUGGAAUGUUGAAUCCAAAAGUGGAUAGUAAUAUUCAGGAAACACUCACAAAACAAACUAUGGAAGAUGGUGACAGUGGCGGUAAUGGGUUGACUAGAGAUUUUUUUGGGUCUUAGAGCAUUUUCUUAUAAGGGGUUUCCUAACAUGGUUGGGUUUGAUCAGUUGAAUUCAUCACCAUCAUAUAUGAUCAGCAAAACCAAAAUGAAAUACCAUGGUAAGGUUAGCUUAUCAUACAUGGUGAACUUUCAAUAUCUUGUUUAUCACUAUUUUUAUUCUACAUUUGGACUUCUGGACCUUUGUGAUCAAACCUCGUUUUAGUGAGAAUCUUGUGUAUUGAGUUGUUUUUUUAUUUGGACUUCUGGAGAGGGAGCUACCCUCUUUAGUUGUAUUAAAAUUGAACAAUGCUUGGCACAGUUUGUUUUUUUA